AGUCGGCCGGCGGGAGCCGCACGGGCCGGAUCGGUCGGUGGCAGCGGCCGUGCGUCAGGUGUGCAACACGGGACAGCGACUGCCACAUUCGACUGAUCUUCAUACGCAUUCGAGCUUGUGUUUCUUCAUGUGAAAGAGUGAAUAGUUGUGUUGAACAAACCACAUUGCUAAAUCUCUCAUCAUCCUGGUGAAAUAGCACGUUUUUGCACUCGUUUUGAUACGUCGAUUUACGUGGAAACAUUUACUAGCCCGUACUUGAUCUCAAACAGCAAGAACAUUAUCUAUGCAGCGUUUUUUCUUUCUUUAUGCUCUUGAUAAUGCCAGCGACCAAUGAGAAUGAAGGAGGCUACCGGGAAUGUUUGUAAAGCAGAAAACCGACGCACUGAAAGAUAUUGCGUGGGAAGGGAGUCGUUUGUGAUUUUGGCUGAUCCAGAGAUCUGUGUUGCUGUGGAUUUGAGAUUUUAUUGUCUGAGGCCGUUAGAACACUUUCCCUUCAUAGGCGCAAUGCUGGAUAUCUUUCGGGGGCUCAAGAGUUUUAUCAAAGUCAGCCAUGUUAAAACGGACGCAACAGUGUUUCGGAUACACUACUCGGUGACCGUGUUAAUUUUGAUAUCGUUUUCACUUUUGGUGACCACGCGACAGUAUGUCGGAAAUCCAAUCAACUGCAUACACUCCAAGGACAUUCCUGAAGAUGUGGUCAACACUUUUUGCUGGAUUCAUACAACAUACCAUGUUCCGUCUGCGUUCAACCUCAAAGUUGGCAAAACGCCAGGAGACCUGGGCGAGAUCGUGUACCCAGGUAUCGGCAAGCCAAAAGAUCCAGACGACGUGAGGUACAUCAAGUAUUACCAGUGGGUCUGCUUCUGCUUGUUCUUUCAAGCGAUCCUGUUCUACAUCCCGCGGUGGCUCUGGAAGAACUGGGAGGGCGGGAAGAUCCACUCUCUGCUUCUCGACAUGGACAUUGGCCUCGUGGCAGACGUAGAAAAGAAACAAAAGAAGAAGAUGCUUCUCGACUACCUGCACAUCAACCUGUGCCAUCACAACUGGUGGUUCUACAAGUUCUUCUUCUGUGAGCUGCUCGCCCUGGCAAAUGUCGUAGGUCAGAUAUUUCUGAUCGACCGGUUCUUUGACGGCGAGUUUCUGACGCUGGGCCUAGACGUGAUCGCCUACGCGGAGCAGGACCCGGAGCUGCGCAUCGACCCGCUCGUCCGCGUCUUCCCACGCAUGACCAAGUGCAUCUUCCGCAAGUACGGGCCGUCGAGCAACAUCGAGGUGCUGGACGUGCUCUGCAUCCUGCCGCUCAACAUCGUCAACGAGAAGCUGUACCUGUUCCUGUGGUUUUGGUUUCUGAUCCUGGCCGGCCUGACGCUGCUCAACAGCAUGGCGCGCCUGCUGCUCAUGGUCAGCCCCAAGCUGCGCGCCGUCUCGCUGCAGAUGCGGCUGCGGUUCGUCAGCCGGGACGCCAUCAGCGUCAUCAUCCGCCGGUCGCGGAUCGGCGACUGGUUUCUGCUCUACAUGCUCGGACAGAACAUGGACGCCGUCAUCUUCAGCGAGGUGAUGUGCGACCUGGCCCGGCGCCUCGGACACAAGGGCAAGGACUACUCGGAGGCCUGAGACAGGAACGGCCGUGCGGGCUCGCAGGCCCCCGCCCGGGUCUGAGCGCCUCAUGCCAGGACGCGGCCCGGUCCUGGUGCACGUGCCGUUCCCGUCACCGCCGUCGGCCGACUCCGUCUCGGCGUCACACUGGUUCCCGCGCAGCUGCCGAACAGGGUCGAUGAUCGACCAACCCGCCGGCGCCGGCGGCACAGCGGCCGUCCAGGCACCCGGCCGGCACACCCGCCUGCGGUCGGCCCCCAGAAGUCGCAGUUUAUUUUGCCCGCUUUGUGUGUUUGAAUUGGUUUCAGUUGCGAUGACAGACGUGCUCUUGUCUUUCCCGUGUGCGCGGGCGGCCUCUGCCGCCUGUGCUAUCCGAGGAGCCGAUUCGUGCCUUCGUCUGCGUUGUCCUGCGUUGCGUGGUGAUUGAUUGCGUAAUGCUUCAAUUGAGCAGUGCACAUGUGUUGGCAGUGUUGAGUUGUUCUUACUGUGGCCGAUUGCCGAGCUGUAGGAGCGUUUUUAGAUGAGCUUCUCUUCUCGAAAAGACUAAGAGUGUCGCUAGUCACGAAAAGUAGACAUCGUAAGGGUAUCUCCAUCAUUACAUCUGCACUUGUGCUUAAAUGAAUACAAUUGAGGUUUGAACGCUGCUACAUUUGCAUGUAAAUGAAGAUAUUAUGUAGCGGCUAGAAGUGUUAUGAUACCGUCAGACGUUUCAGAACUGUGCGGUGCGGUAGUGUGUCAUUGAUACCUAUAAGCUUUUGGAGUUUCUUGUUUUACUUUAAAGAAUAAAGGACAAGAUCGCGUUCGUGAUGCCAA